GCGGGACACGAGGCUCUGGUGGGCGGAGGAGCGGUGGGGGCCGGCCAGGGGGGGAGAAUGAGUGUCCCCGCGCCCGCAGUCAGUCCAGCAGCGCGGCCUCUCUGCCCCAGCCAUGGCUCCGCAGUGGGAGCGCCUCUUCGACUCCGUGGGACACUUUGGCAGAUUCCAAGCAUGUGUCUAUUUUGCAUCUGUCUUUCAAUCUAUCUCAUGUGGCAUCCAUUACUUGGCUUCCGUAUUCAUGGCUGUUACUCCUAAAUUUGUAUGCAAUGUCCCUGGAAAUGUGACUAGUAUACUGUUCAACAAUUCCUCUAGUUCAAGAAUAGAGGAUAUUUGGACACUGUGGACAUCAACAAAUAAUUACAUUGUGGUCCAGCUGGAAAAUGGAGAAAUUUGGGAACUUGAUCAGUGCAGCAGGUCCAAGUGGGAGGACAGUUUGUAUCUUGCAUACGAAUAUAGUGGCAACAAGUCUGUUUCUUCUUGUUCUGAUGGAUAUAUCUAUGAUCACACAAAAUGGAAGAGCACCAUUGUUACAGAAUGGGAUUUGGUCUGUCACCGGGAAUGGCUUGCAAAAUUAACUCAGCCCACAUUCAUGUUUGGCGUCCUGUUUGGAGCAGUGAUUUUUGGUGGUAUGGCUGACAGAGUGGGAAGACGGUAUAUAAUGUGGUUCACAAGUACUGGUCAGUUUUUAUUUGGUGUGGCAGUGGCAUUCUCAUUUGACUACUACAGCUUUGUGAUCAUACGUUUUCUCCUUGCUAUGGUUUCAAGUGGCUAUCUGGUUGUGGUUUUUGUUUAUGUGACAGAAUAUGUUGGCAUUAAAGCUCGAACAUGGGCAUCCAUGCAUGUCCAUGCUUUUUUUGCUGUGGGAAUCAUGGCUGUGGCACUGGUGGGAUUUUUGGUGAGGACCUGGUGGAUCUAUCAAAUAUUUCUUUCCAUAACAACUCUCCCCUUUGUCUUGUGCUGCUGGAUGCUCCCAGAGACACCUUUCUGGCUACUGUCAGAGGGAAGAUAUGAAGAAGCACAAAAAGUAGUUGAUGUAAUGGUGAGAUGGAAUAAAGUAAGCACUCCUUGUAAAAUUUCUGAACUGUGUUCAGUCCAACAAGAUGAUCUAGUCAGUUGCAGAACGGGUGAUAAUGACAUUUCUACAGCAAAGAAGCACAGCAUCUUAGAUCUGUUUUAUAAUUGGCACAUUGCAAGAAGGACCAUUACAGUCUGGAUGAUUUGGUUCACUGGGAGUUUAGGAUACUACGUAUUCUCCCUGAGUUCCGUCAAUCUAGGAGGCAAUGAAUAUUUAAAUCUAUUUCUCAUAGGUGCCGUGGAGCUUCCUGCAUAUGUCGUUGCUUGCAUUGGGAUGGACAAACUGGGAAGGAGAAACACAUUGACUCCAUUUCUUAUAUCAAGUGCAGUGAUCUGUGUUUUGAUUAUGCUGAUCCCUCAGGAUUUCAGUAUAUUAUCUGUCUUAGCAAAUAUGGCUGGAAAGUUUGCAAUUGGCGUUGCAUUUGGCCUCAUUUACCUUUACACAGCAGAACUGUAUCCAACAGUUGUACGGUCACUUGCAGUAGGAAGUGGGAGCAUGAUGUGUCGUGUCGGGAGCAUAGUUGCUCCUUUUUGUGUUUACCUGACGAGUGUUUGGAUCUUCAUGCCACAGUUGCUUGUUGGAAUCAUGGCCUUUCUGAGUGGAAUGCUAACAUUAAUGCUCCCAGAAACUCUUGGAAAACCAUUGACUAAUACUUUGGCGGAAGCUGCAGAACUGGGAACAAACAAGAACAGCUGUUUGGGAAAAUCACCCCCAGCACAGAGUGGUAUAGUGUUAGAAAAGAUAGAUGCUUAGCCAAAAGCCACACAGCGCUGAAGAAUAAAGCAACGUCAAGAUUGCUGUCACCAGUUUUAAUCCUCAUUAAUUCUAUAAGACCAUUUUAUUAGAGCAACCUGAUCAUGUUUUUAAUGCACGCAUAUUUUAAUUUGUAUGCAAUCUUGCCUUUUCUAGAAGGCAAAUAUAAAAAUGUCUGGUCGAAAAUUUGAAAGGAUUUUAGAGCCACUCACAAACUUAAUCAUACUUUUAAAAAUCUGUUUCAUUUCCUUUUGGAAAAUACCAGGUUUUCCCAGAUUCACAUAAUAUUUCCUUUCACUGCUUUAGAUUUUCUACAGCUGUGCUUGUAAUCUCAUCAUGAAAUCCCCUGUCAAUAACUGCCAUAUUACAACUGACAGACACAGACUUUUGAUUUAUUAACACGGUAAGCUCAAGCACACAGUACUAAUUCAACAGAAAAGGCUCUUAAUUACUGUGAAAGGUUGAACAGAAAUAAAGAUUUCCGUUUUUCAAACUUUCUUCUGGAGAGACUGCCAUUGCUAAAAAAUGAAAAUAUUCUAUGCAACAGCUUCUGACAAAAAAAAUCAUUCUCAAUUUGCAGAAUGUUCAAAUAGUAUGAAUACUAUUCAUUUUGUUUAAUGUCAAAUGUAUUUUUUGUUGUUGAUUUAGAGAAAAAAACGCUUUGGGACUCUGUUGCAGUAUCAGUAAAGUCUAUGUAUAAAGAUAAAAUCUGGUAUUUUUGAAAACCUUAUUCAUUCCAGACUAUUACAUUAAAUGAUCCUUUCCCCAUUAAUUUCCGUUCAGACCUAUCAUCAGUUUCUUUAUAUCAUCUUAGGGUAAAACCAACCCCUGUGCAAAGCAAUCACACAAAGCUUAUGUAUCUUUUUAGUGCUCAAAAUAGGAUUUAAGUAGAACUUAAGUAGUGCAAAGGCCCUAUGCAGGGCUGGGCGCUUAGGCUCAGAUCCUCAAAAGUAUUUAGGUGCCUGAUUCCAAUAGGAGUUAGGUGCCUAAAUACCUUUGAGGAGCUGGACCUGAGUGAAUAAGUGAUGUAUAACUGCUAGCAUCAAAAUGUUAUUUUUCUCAUGAACCAUCGGUUUGUAGCUCCAUUUAUUCAACACUGUACAGAAC